GGAUUUUCCGCCGUCUCUCCACUUCGCUUUUAAUCGCUUGGCACCCUCUGUGGUUGAUACCGUCGCUUUUCGUUAAAACCCAGUCUUCCUUUCACGCGGCCAUCUUCUACGCUGGCGUUCGUUUUUCCUAGUGACUUGGCCAGCAAGUUUUCCUCGCCGUCCUGUACACAUUACGCGCACUUGUGCGCGGCAUCGUGGCGGCUGACGUUUCGGACUCGUCAACUCGAAGAGUCUUGUGGGCGGAGCAACAUCGAUUUCGCUGCCAACCGCUGGAGUGGUGGACUCCGGUAUCCUACCACAUCAAGGUCGUUUCCAAUCGGUCAUGUUUAACGCACAGUCUACGGCCUUGGAGUAUCCCUCGUACUGAUAGCCCGCUUCUGAGUCUGGACUGAACCGAGAGGCGCACUGCCUUGUUGUUUUCUGUACACACGAACCCGUUUCCGUAGCGAACCUGCAUGUUGCCCGCCUCACAGCACGACGGGAAACGCGCGGCAGAGUUGUUAGCUGUCGCGAGCGAAAUUCGCGCGCAUUUUUUCACUGGAAGCGGCUGUGCGCCGUCGCUGGCGGGCCACGAGCGAAUUUGAGGAAUGGCCCAGGCAAAUAUGUAUCUGUUUGUGUGGCAACGCGCCCGUUUUGUCAGCAGCUGCAUCGCAAGCGAAAUCGGUGUCGAUGGUACAGUUCUAAGCGCCUUUUGCUGUCCGCCAGUCCCGAAAACACACGCUACAUACGCACUCACGCUUUGGCUCUUUUUGCGAACGCUUUUCGUUUCGCGGCCUCUUCCUCGUGUUUGCGAUGCACACCGGAUCCGGCAGUCGUGUCUCGGUGGCUCGUUUUUUUAGGAAGGGUUGCGAUCAGCUGCUUUGACGGACUCAGGUUUCAGCACUUGUGCAGGGGCGGCUGCUGCCUUGAUCGACGAGAUUUUCGCCAACUCGACAGAGCGAGAAAGACACCCACGCAGGCUCCACACCCGGCCCCAAGCGACCCCGCAGUCGCUGCAGGAGACUGCGUAGAGCGCUUCCUAACAGCUUCUGUGUGACCGCUUGACGGCGCGCGUCGCUGCAGGUUUGGGAGCCUCGUGUUUGCGGGAGUUCGCCGACCAGUUCCCUGCGUCCCGCUCCGCUUCGAGCCACUGAGAAACGCCAGCGCCUCAGGAGUGAGGCGAUGCGCUGCGUUCCAGCGCAGCCCAAAAAUAACUGGCUCUUGUCUGGAGAUAAUGGAGCUCCCGGAUCAGGCCGCCUACGGCCGUCAACUCGCGAAGCGCCGGCGCCUCUCCGCGUCUGAAGAAGAAGCCACCUUGGCGUCGAAAAACGAUGGGAAGGAAGGCCUGCAAGAACCUGCAGGCGCCACUGCCGGACACUUGCUUCCAGCCGAAGAGCCUGGACAGUACACUCCCGAGCACACGGAGGGGAGACGAGAGUUUCGCAGGCACCCCGUCGUCUUGCCUGGAGGCGGCAGGAAGGCCGCGUCCUACGGCCUGAUCGCAGUUGGCGGCGGAGACUCUCUGCGGGCGUCGCGCCGAACGCGGUCGUCGGCGUCGAUAGAGACUUCCGCGGAGGAAAAGGAGACGUACACGUCGCCGGAGCUCGGCCCCGGAGCCUCUUGGAGUGUCUCUACGGUCAAGGGCUCAAAGGGGCGAAGCGACGAGGAGGGCCGCGCCGGGAAGCGAGCCGGUGCCUGUGCGGCGCGAGACUCUGCUGCAGGCUCCCGGACGCUGGCGCAGGCGCACCGAGGCGCCGACGAGGAACGGAUGCCGCCUCACAGCCCCGCCAGAGACGGAAGCCACCAGGUGUGCUGGGAUAGUGACGCGCUGCCCUCGCCGUACGACUUGGGGCUCUCCGAAGCAGACGACGAGGAGGUCUCACCCCAGAAAGAGGCUCUGGCUGAGAAAAACGGCCUCGUCCUUUUCGCGGAACAGUCGCUCCAAGGCGUAGGCCUAGCGACUCUCACUGUGCCUUCCGGCGCUACCUCCAGCAAGGGCGCCUUCUCCGCGGGAUCGCCGUUCUUGCCGGGCUCCGGCACGACCGCAUCGCCCCGUUCUCCGGUCCCGAGGGGCGACAAGAGCCUGGGCGACGGCUCGGUAGGUAGCGAUGAUGUUUCCGCAAAGGCCAGCCCCCACGCCCACCACAACGUCACUGCAGGCGCCGACGCGAGUCAGAGCUCUGAAGACGCGUUUUUUCCAGCGGCUCCUCCGGGGGGGGUCCCCGGCACGUUGACGGUCGAAGACCUCCUCACGAUGCCCGAGCGACGCCAGGAUCCCGAAGCGGAGAAGGCCGCAAAGACAGACUUCGACUGCCUUGCUGCCCUGAUUCAAGACGCUCUCGGAGAAGCUGGCGGCGCGGCUGGGCGCGUGGCUCCGAAGCGCAGAUGCCGGACGCUUGGCGCGGGCUUCAACCCCACGCACUCUGCGCGCCCUGGCUCGGGAUCUGUGGCGGGUCUCGAGGCCCCCGGGGCCUUGGGCAGAGAGUUGGAUGCGCUUGUAGCCGGAGGUUCACCCGAGGAGAGCCGCGCAGAUCUCGAACCGGACGGCCAGGCCGCGGGCGCCAGUUGGCAAGAGUCGCUUCACCUCCAGUACGACACACGUAACGGCGGCACCUACGAAGAAGACCUCGACAGCGCCUCGCUUUCGUUUCUUCUCGGCCACUCCGAAGGCUCUGAGAAAGGCCCCGCGCUGUCGGCGUCUGCAGGCGCCUCGACGGCUGCUUCUGUUUCCUCCUUUUUUCCUUCUGAGGCCGCGUGUGGCGUCUACGCGCCUGGACAGCACGGGCGACCUACGCAGAGCCAAGACCCUGCGAAGGAACGCCAGCGGCGCCUUGCACGAGAUCGAGAGACGCUGAAUCUCUCUGCCCAGAUCGCGGCGCGGUUCAAGAGCUGUCGUACCGAAGACGUCAUGCGCCUCUUUCGCCGCUACCUCGCCGUCAGCUCCCGCCAGGUGCGCGACCCCGCGACUCUGGAGCGCGUCGUCGCUGCUUGUUGCUACAUCUCGUCUCGCCAGGCGAUGGAUGGCCUCUCGCUGUCGGACAUUUGCCACGAAAUGGAUGCGAGCAACGGCCAAGACUUGUUCGCAGCGGGGUGCGAGGCGCGAGGGAAGAAGCUCGCAGACGGCGAAGGCAUGGGGCGGGGCGAGAGUGAUCGAGAGCGGGCGGGCGGCGCGCAUGCGUCGAUGCGCUGCAAGAGCUUGGGCAAGUGGGUGGUGAGGAUUUGUCGAAAGCUCCAACUGCAGGCGCUUCCAGACAAGGACGACGACCCCGAAGAGCGAGCGAAUCGCGUCCUGGCGCGUGUGAAGCAGCUCCUCAUCGCGAAGAUGGAAGAGGAAGAACAGCGAAGGCCGCAAUUGGUCAACGCGUUCGUCCGGGCGACGCAGAGUGCUGUGGAGAAGCAGCGACUCAAGGCCGAGGGCGAUCGAAGCGAGGCAGAUUCUCUCGCGUCUCUGGAGUCCCUCCUCGGCGACGAAGCCCGGAGAGCUGACGCUCGUGCCGACGCAGAAGCCAGGCGCCAGACCCCCGCGGAGGCCCAACUCGGGGACUUCCUUGACGGACACCAGGGGGGCGAAAAGACUGGGCGAGUGUCUAGCGCAAGGAUCAACGGCCGCGCCGCCGAGGCCUCGCCCGCACCGCCUGCUCCCCAAGGCUCAACUGCUCCGGCGGACUCGACGCCUGCCGCUGGAAGCGAAGAGAGACAGGCUCUGAACGCGAUCGAGGAACUGCUCGCGCAAGUGACCGGAGGCUCCAAUCUUGACUGCUUUGGGAGCGCCACUCUCGCCGCCGUUGAUUCAGAUCUGGCCUCCGGGACCUCCCAUGUAGACAGAGAGUCUUGCGCCCGUCUCAGACGCCUAGACAAGAGUGGAAGAGACGCCUUCGCCGCCGAUGCUGACGGCCCAGAGAGGCCGACCGAAAACGAAGUCGAACCGGAGGCAAGGCCCGGGGCCGCUGGCGUCUUGGCCGAGGAUGUAGACGAGGCCUCAAUGGCUUUGACGCCUAACCCAGACGAUCGUUCGAGCAGUGCAUCUGGAGAUGCGGCAGAGCCGGUAGCGAGCAUCCGGCUGGAGCAGCGCGAAGAGAAGAACGGAGACGCUUCUGGACUCAGCUUAGACAUCUGUCCCUCGCUGUUUGACCCCGUGGACAUGCCCGCCCUGUCCGCCUCGUCAGAAGGCGACUCGGGCGACUCUUCGCCGUUCUCGCCGAUCCUCACUUCUCUUCUCUCCGCGUCGCUGCCGCCUUCCGAGACGCUCGCCCAGGCAAAAGACAUGCAACCGGCGGCGCGUCUGCAGCUGCAGCGAUUCACAUGGCUGCAAAAGAUGCGCGCAGAGGCUCUGGAGAAACUGAAGAAGGAGAAGGAGGCUGUCUUUCGCGGGUUGGUUCUCCUUCAGCGCAUCCUGCAACUCUUCUACGACGUCAAGCAGGGCGAGAGCGACGGAGAGCGAGAAGACGGCGAGGAUGGGGAAGGCAAAAAGCGACAGAAAGGAUGGACCGAAGAAGAUCCUCUAGACAAACGCUGGCGCGCUCGCGGUCGUUGCGACGCUGUCUCCUUGGCUUCUCUCAUCAUCAUCGUCUUCAAGUGGAUGCAGAUCCCCAUCCCUCAGCGCAUUGCUUUGGACGCUCUUCACGUCGACCGCAAGAGCGUGUACAAGCGUCGCCUGGAACAGAUGCACAUUCUGAAGACCCUGUUCGGACACCUCCGGGGCAUGGUGGAGAAGAAGGACGGGUCUUCGAGUUCGGCGCUCGCGGAGGAGCUGAAGGCUUCUCUGCCCCCGCACUUGGCUUCUCUGCUUCAGCAGGUGGUUGGGAACCCAGCGACGAUGCAGCGGCUCCUGGCCCUGGCAGACGAGGAAGAAGAGCUAGGAAAUUUUAUUUCCUCUCAGUCUCUGGGUUCGGACGGCGAGUCAGGGAAGGCCUCCGCAGGACUCGGAGGGGUCCCGCCACCUGCGGCCGCGGCUUCACCCACACCUGUUAAGACAUCGCAGGCUUCCUUCCACCCCCAGGCGCCUGCCGCGUCGUCGCCAGAGAGCUCUGCUCCUUCUGUGGCUGUGGAGCCUGAACAAGACGCCGCCUCGUCUUCAUUCUUGGCGGCGAUUCUGGCGGAGGUCGCGGCGGAGAGGGAGGUGGGGGCUGUGAAGACCCGAGGGCCUGGCGACGCUGAAAGAACCGCUGCGGAGCUCGGCUUUCAGACUCGGAAGAAGAGAAGAGUGUCUGAGUUGAACGCUCAGCGAUCACCAGACAAUGGCCUCGGCUCCGAUCUCUACGACGAAGACCGCGAGGCGAGCAGCGCGGUUCCGGUGGCCUCUCCCCUCGCGAAUCUCUGCUCCUCGCUCUCUUCGUCGUCUCACAGGAAUCCCUCUGAGAUGGCAGCGGUCGCGAGUGUGGCGCCUUCGCCUCGAGCUGCGAGGCACCCGCGCGCGCCUGAUGAGAUGACUUUGCAGGGUCUAGCAGUCGGAAAGGAUGCAGGGACCCCACGACAGGCCGGGGGCUAUGCGGGGACAUUCUUGCCCGGGGACGGCGACCGAGUGUCGGAGGGCGAGGACGGGAGAAGCGAGAGAGUUCGAGCGCGGUUUCUGGCAGAACGAGGCUCUAUGGACGCUUCCUCGUCCUUCGCGCUGGGGUUCAGUCUCGCCGAGGCGCUCCUGCGUCACGGCUUCUGUCUCCCCUCGCCCUCAGACCCCCCCGCAGGCCUCGCCGACGCGCAGUUCGCUACUGGCGACCUGCUGCGGGACGGUGGGUCUUCUUCGGGAGAGAGAGCUCUGCGCAUGCAACCUGAAGGCUUCUCGGCUACUCGCGGGAGCCGCCCCGCCGUAGCUCCAGGCCCCGCGGGUUUCGGAAUACAGGCCGAGGCCGAGCACGAAGGUCGAGGCGAUGUCAACUCGACCGACGUCAUCUUCAGCAACCGCGCGACAAGAGACAUCAUCGCGAGUUUCUUGGCGAGCGCAAGUACUGAAGGCCACCCGGGGACUGCGUCGCUGACGGGGCGAGGCCUGGAGGACGGUCGGAGUCCGCGACUCCGCGGGCCUCUCGCCGCCGUCCCCAAGGCCGUUUCGCAGGCCGACCGCGGUCCCGGUCGCUUCAACCGCGGAGCGAGCGGCUCCUGUCGGCAACCGUCCUCGCGCUCCCCGCCUCUUCCGGUCUCGCCGUACCGGGGCAGGACCGGAGACUCCAGUCGGCAGCGCCCGCUGUCGCCGUCGUCGCUCUUCGCAGCUGCAGCCAGCAUGGCUGGGGUCCUUCCAGGGCCGCUUCCAAGCUCGCGGUCUGCGGGCUCCAGCGCCCUGUCGCCGGGAGUCGAGCGUUCGCCCCGAGAGCGCGUGGCGGCGCAGGCACUCGAAGCGACUCGUCGUGGCGACGUCGAUGACAGGAGUCUCCAUCCCUCGUCUUCGGUGUCUGCGGUUCGGUCUCUCCUGCCAGCGGAGCCGGCGCUCGGUGGGGCGUCACCCUUCGCUUCCUCCGCGUUGGCGAUGGGUCUUCCAGAGGCAGGGGCGUCUCAGGCAGGCGCGGACGCUCCGCUGGCCUCCCCUUCGAUUGCUCUCGCGACGGUCGCCCACCUGAAAGCCGCGGAGAAAGCUCUUCUGGAUUCGGUUCCCGAUUCGGCUCGCGUCGUCUCCCUCCAGUUCGAGCGCACCCAGCAACGGUGGGUCUGCAAGUGGCAGCGCCACAAACCUGCGGGGGCGCCUGCGAAUCGCAAGGAGCCUUGGCAUCGUCGGUGCUUCUCCGUCAUCAAGUACGGCUACGAGGGAGCACAUGCACUCGCUGCGGCGGUCGCGAAGAAACUCCGGGACGGACGCCGCGCUCUGCUGCAGAAGCAGCGACGCUUGGAGGAGGAGGGCCUUGCGGAGGCGGAAGAGGCGCCGAGAGAUGAGGAAGAAGUCGGAGACGCAGAGGACGAGGAGCCUCUCGGCGCGGCUGAGGAGGCCGAGGAGACCGUGAGCCCGCGCGUGGACGCUGGCGGAGACAGGAGCGCGAGCGGAAGCGCCGAGGCAGGGAAACAGUGACUUUUCGAUAUUCUUGGACUCCGAGGAAAGUGGAGAAAGAGACUGCGCCCCGGUACAGGGGCAGACAAGUAGAGGAAACGCGCUUUUAGACAACAACUGGCGAGAUGGAAGAGACAGAGAGAAGUCAAGGGGGGAAGCGGGAAGAAAAAACGGAGGAUAGGUGCCGAGCAAAUGCAGAUGGUUGGGCGUGAGGAGGCCGCGGCUGGAGAAAGGGGGAGACAGCAACGGAUGUUGCUGUUGUUCUCUCGGGACAGCGAAGAGCAGACAGAAGCCUAGAUGUCGAUAGCCGGAAACCGAGCUGAAGUGCAAGAAUUGUCUCCGACAUGAGACGAGAAAAUGGGGAACACAUCCAAAGUGCAUGUUCGCGUCACCACGUCGAUUUUCAGAGUCCUGAGAACCCCUAGGGUUGCUUUUAUUUUUCCCCCUAGAGCCGCAAUGUGGACUUCGGGGGAAAAACGUUUUAGGGGAGACAGGAAAAACUUCUGCUCUUCAGCGAAGGCGGUCAAGAGCGUGUCACGGAAACAGAAGUUAGUUCGCGUUUGGAGGGAGACCGACCUGCCUUCUCGUUCUAUCUUGUGUAGCGGAAUGGAGCUGCGAACUCAUUUGGAGAAUUCGUCCACUCUGUCUGCGCGACUGGGGGUACAGUCACAAGCAUGCACAAAUGGGCAUGCUGAUAAGUAUCCAUUCCUGUGGCUUUAGACUUUAUCAGACUGUCCGCGUCCGUCCACCGUGUGCACCGCACCGAGAGGCGACGCGCUGUGUCGGCGUAACCACCGGGGUGUUUACCAGUGCUUCUGCAUCUACAUAUAUAAAUAUAUAUAUAUAUAUAUAAAUCUUAUUUGCAUUUAGAUGCAUGCAUCGCUUGUGAAUUUGUCCCGAUUGGAAGGGGUGUCGUGCACGCAAAACGUCCUAGUGUGGACAAGGAAAACGUGACUAGGCGUUGUUCCACUGAAUUGCGCCCGGGAGUUCUGACCACAUUCAGUUGGUACACUGCAAUGCUUAGGGGCAGGGGAAGCAGCGUUUUGUGGGGGCCGUCGUCUUGUUUGUAGACAGUGUUUCGUUCAUGUAAGGCUGGCGGACGCCUUCAAUCGGCUUGUCAAGAAUGGAGAAAUGGCGGAAACGAAGGACGCAGCGCCUCUUAGGCGGACGGUAGCGUCUCGGCCUGUCCUAUGUCUCACUUUGUUCUUUCAACCACGGCAACUCCGUGGAAAAACACCCUUUUUCGAAACGUCGAGUGUCCGUUGUCUGUCUGCAACUCUCCGUGGUGCCCCCACUGGGCCAGAACCAGUCAAUCUAUAAUUCAGUGCGUUCCGAAGGGUCGCGUCCA